AACCAGCCGACGUGAAUAUCCGCCUUAUUUUAAAAAUAUCCAGUUCGGUAGUUUUAGGAGAUCAGCAGAGAAUAAAGCGUUUGUCUUUUGGUACUUAUCGGCAUGGACCCGUUCAACGAAGAAGGAAUUAAGAUGUAUUUCUUCGAGAACAGACUGAAAACCUUCGACGGGUGGCCUUUUGACAAAGACUGCGCGUGCACCCCAGAGAACAUGGCCAGGGCUGGUUUUGUCCACACGCCAUCAGACAACAGUCCAGACGUUGCAACGUGUUUCUUCUGCCUGAAAGAGCUGGAGGGCUGGGAGCCGGAGGAUGACCCAGAGAAGGAGCACAAGUCUCAUUCACCAUCCUGCCACUUCAUUGCUCUGAAGAAAAGAGUAGAGGAGCUGACUACGGAGGAGUUUCUAAAACUACAGAAGGAGAAAGAGAAGUUCCUUGUUACUAAAACUGGGAAGGAGGCCAUUGCCCUGUUUGAGAGGGCAGCCAAGCAGAAAAGAGAAGAAAUCCUCAGGAUGGCGAUGGGAGAGGAGUAAUGGGAGAACAGAUUCAGAGGGAUGGCUAAGGAGGAGUACGAGUGCCUGAGUGUAUUCUGUUUGUUUAUUCUAUGUGUUCCUUUCUGCUUGUUUGUGUGAAUGUUUACUGUUUUGUAGUUUAUUAAUGUUUAUUAAAACAAUUAUAAAAACAA